AUGCGUCUUCUUUCUGUUUUGGGAAUUGUUGGUCUGGCUGCUGCUGCCACCACGACGGCUACAUCCACGGCCACGGCCACUUCCACGUCUACUAGUUCAACCUCCACAGCUUCCCCUACUUCCACUACCGCUGUUACUGUUGCAACUGAUGGCAGUGCUCAGUUCACUGCUAUUGGCGAUGCCAUUCUGUACGCCCAGAGCAAUGGAAUCCCCACGGUCACUGUUUCUGCAGGAACAUAUACCCAAUCAUUCACCAUUUCGGCAACCCCCACCGUCACUGUCAUUGGUCAAAGCAGUGAUGAAAAUGACUACUCUGGGAAUGAAGUUACCAUCACCAAUUCUGGCGUCCAAACUCCCGGAACCCUUCUAACUGUGAAUAACAACGUUAAACAAGUGACCUUUAAGAACAUCAACUUCCAGAACACUGCUACAGCUUUGGGUGCCAUGAUAUUGAAGGGAAACAAAUACGCUUUCUACGACUGUCAAAUUGUUUCUACGGGAUCCUUGGCUGUCACUGCCAGUGUUGGUCUCGGUGUAAUUGCCAACUCCUACAUUGAGGCUGCCGAUAAGAUUAUUUAUGGUGGUGCCAAUAUCUAUGUUUACAACACCAAGAUCGUCCCUACUGAUAACAACGCACUUGUGGCUUACAUGAAGGGUACUACGUCUACUGCGGGAUCGGUACUCUACAAUUCGACUGUAGUCUUUGACCAGGUUACUGUGGCCCAGAAGUCCGGAGCGUCCAAUACCAAUGUCUAUUUGGCUUCUGCCAAUGGCGCUGGAAUCGUUGUCGUGUACCGUGACUCCGUGUUAGGAAGUUUCAUUGCUGCGUCCGGUGCUCACGUUGACACCAUCACCCUAGACGGCUACAACUUCUUUGGAGAGUACGCCAACACUGGCUCGGGAGCUUACUCAAGCAAUUCUGCGACUCGAUCCAAGUAUGUCUCUCUCCUGGAUGCAUCCGAUUUGUCGGACUACAGCCUUGCUGCUGUCUUUGCUGCAGCCAACCCGACAUACGCUUCUUCCGAUAUCACUUGGGUUGACUCUUCUGUGUUGGCCGCCAUCGAGAGCGCAGAUGUGAUCACAACUACCUCCGUUGCUUCAACUACGGCCGCUGCCACUACAGCUUCCUCUGCCGCCACCACUAGCACCGCUGCCACUUCCACCACCUCCUCAGCCGCCACUGCCACAUCUACAUUCGUUGUCGACGCGACCUCGGGCCCUUAUAAGAACGUCACCGCUGCCAUUGCCGCGCUUCCUAGUGAUGGAGAAGAGUACACAAUCUACAUCAAGAGCGGCACAUACAACGAGCAGAUUUCUAUUACUCGCACUGGAAAGACCAUUCUCCGUGGUGAAACUACCUACGAGAACGACUACACCGAAAACACAGUCACCAUCGAGUACUCUAAUGGAGAACUGACUAGUGCUGGUGAGGAUGAGACUACUCCUGUUGUCAACGCCAAGAACACCGAUGGCAAGGGACUAGCUAUCUAUAACAUCGACUUCAAGAAUACUUACCCCCAAACUGCCAACACUGCCGCCCUCGCCGCUGAUUUCUACGGCACCGUCCAGGCAUAUGGAUGUUCUUUUAUUGGAUACCAAGACACUCUUCUCGCAAACAAAGGCACCCAGGUAUUCUCAAACUGCUACAUUGAAGGUUCUAUCGAUUACAUUUGGGGAUUUUCGACCGCAUACUUCUACCAGUCUGUCAUCGCUACCAAUACUGCUGGUGCAUGUGUCGCCGCUAUGAGCCGUGCUUCGGCCACUACUGCAGGUGGUUACGUGUUCGACAAGUGUGUUGUGACCUACACCUCAACUUAUGGUAGCACAUACGAGGACACCUGGCUCGGAAGACCUUAUUCCGAAUACAGUCGUGUUGUCUACAUGAACUCGUAUAUCGACAAGCAUAUCAAUCCCGCUGGUUGGCACAUUUGGUCAACGAGCGCUCCUCAAACUGACUAUGUCACGUUUGGAGAGUUCAACAACACUGGUCCAAGCAGCUGGUCCAGCAGCCGCGCAUCGUUUGCCACUAACUUGACUGAGACCGAAGCCGAGGCUUACACACUGGCUAACUGGAUUGGAGACACUACCUGGCUCGAUAUGGAUGCUUUUAACUACGUUCCUUCUUACAGUCUGACUGGAGAUGCUAGCACAACCACUACCACUACCACUACCACCUCAGUCUCGACUUCCACAUCUACAGCCACUGCCUCCUGGACCCACCCCACAAGUGGUACCACUCCCCCCACUGGUGCAGUUCUUGUCAGUGUCUCUGGAGUUAUCGAUGGCUCUUAUAGCAACCUGACGGAUGCCCUGGCGUCUCUGCCUGAUGAUACCACAACACAAGUGAUCUUCAUGUACGCUGGAACUUAUGACGAGCAGGUUCCGUCCAUUGAUCGAGAUGGUCCUGUCAUGAUCAUUGGUUACACCACCGGAAAUCCUGGUCAAAGCUAUGCCGAUAACGAGGUUACCAUCACCUUUUCUCGUGGGCUUUCCGUUUCUCCAUUGCCUACAGGCCACUCUGAUGCCGAAACGGCGACUGUUUCCACUGCCUCGACCCAGAUUGCGUUCUACAACGUCAACAUUAUCAAUUCGGACAACCUUGACGGUUCGGAAUCGUCUUAUGUGACUUUGGCUGCCUCCAUAUAUGGCACCCACAUUGCAUUUUACGGUGUCUACAUGCAGGGUUGGCAGGAUACUCUCCUCACUGGCAGCACUACCGGUUACCAGUAUUAUGAGUCAUCUUACAUCGAGGGUGCCAUUGACUUCAUUUGGGGUUACUCCAAGGCCUACUUCAAAGGAUGCACGAUCGGAGCCAAAAGAGCCAAGUCGGCAAUGACAGCGCAGAGCAGAGCUUCAUCCAGUGCCAUUGGAGGAUACAUCUUUGACCAGACACUAUUCACUGCUGCGGCUGAUGCUACAGUCGACCUCACUGAGACUGUGUAUCUCGGUCGCCCCUACUCCGAAUAUGCGCUUGUCAUCAUCAAGAACUCCUACAUUACCGAUGUGAUCAACCCAUCCGGAUGGAAGGUUUGGUCCACUACAGAUCCUCGUACGGACUAUGUCACAUUUGGUGAAUACAACAACUCGGGCCCUGGAAACUGGGAGAACAAUGAGGCUGCUCGUGAGGCUUUCGGUUAUGCCACUCUUCUCACGGAGGACAACUACUCCCUGGAAAGUGUUAUGGAUUCUACCGACUGGAUUGAUAUGACCUACUGGGAUUCUAUUGACACUCCCACCUCGGUCUCGGGGACGGCGACGGCGACGGCGACAGCUACGGCCACCACAACCACUGCUACUGCCACUGCCACUUCGGCAUAUGAUGGAACGACUCCGCCAACCGGAGCCUACAUUGUCUCGAAGUCCAGUCUUGGAUCAAACACAACUUACUACGAUACUAUCCAGAGUGCCCUCGAUGCCAUUCCCACUUCGUCGAAGGUCACGCCGACCAUUUUCAUUUACCCUGGAACUUACGAGGAACAGCUUGUCAUUAGCAAGUCUGGAUCUGUCAUUUUGGCUGGUUAUUCAGAGUCCACUUAUGACUAUUCCAGCAACCAGGUCACCAUCCAGUACAACAGAGGUGUCGACACCCAAGCUGAUGAGUCCAACUCAGACAGUGCAACGGUUUAUGCUACUGGAAAUUACUUCCAGGCCAUUAACAUCAACUUCGUGAACAAUAAUGGUACAGAGGAUGAUGUCGCGUCUCUUGGUUUUGCUGUUAAGUCAAGCAAAUAUGCCAGUCUUUACGGCUGUCAAGUGACAGGUAACCAGGACGCUUUGCUGAUCAACGGAUACUUCUGGAUGUCGAACUCUUAUGUCGAGGGAAACAUCGACAUGAUUUGGGGAAGUGGUGCCGGUUAUUUCCUCAACACCACAAUCUCGCCUAAUGAAGAUGGUAUCAACCUCACUGCCGAUAAGCGCACGACAAGUACGACCGCUGGAGGCUUUGUCUUUGACCAAUGCACAAUCAUACCUUCCACUGGCGCUGGAACCAUGUCGAAGAUCUCCCUCGGAAGACCUUGGAAUGAAUAUGCUCGAGUCGCUUACAUCGACUCUUACCUUGACUCCUGCGUUGAGGCUGCUGGAUGGAACGAAUGGUCUUCAUCCAGCCCACAGACUUCUGGAGUUACCUUUGCUGAGUAUAACAAUUAUGGUCCUGGUUCAAGCACCUCGAAACGUGCCACGUUUUCCACACAGCUCAAUAGCACCGGAGCUGAGCAAUUUGAAGUGGCCAACUUCUUCGCCACGACGUCCUGGAUUGAUUUCACUCACGUGUUUGGCGUGCCGUUCGUUCCUGAUCAGAGUACCACCACGACGUCUGUCAGUGUUUCCACUGCUACCCCGACAUCGACUUCUAUUUCCACGGAGACUGUUACCACCACAAUCGAUGUUGUGACCACCACUACUUCGGACAUUGUGGCUAUCAUUACACCAACUGACAAGACUUCCACUGUCAAGUCUACCAUCACCCUGACUAUUACACCUGAUGUGGUUUCGGCGACAACAACAGCAAAGUCGACUAUCACCACCACGGAGACUGUGACCGAACCGACAAAAUUGACCACAACAACCUCAAUUGUUACUAUUGAUGUUGGCUCGACCGUUACACCCGACGCGACGACUGUUACUUCAACUGUCAAGUCUACCACCACAGACACUGUGACCGUUACUGGAAAGGCCACCACUACAACUGUGAAGAGCACCUUGACUACAACAUCCACAGUUACUGCCGAAGCAUCCACUUCGACUGUCACAGAUAUCGCAACGGUUACAAGUGUGAAGACAACCAGCGCCAAGGCAGGCAAGACGACCUCCACUGAAUUCGUCACUGUCGGUAGUGGAGGCACAACAACUAUCAGCACCAAGGCAACAACUUCGACUGUUACUUCCACGUCAACAAAGACAACCACCAAGACCGUUACCACAACCAUCAGCUGUGAUGCCGCUACAAAGAAGAAGCGCGAUCUUGUUCCCCGGGCUAUUACUGCCAAAGUGACUGCCUAUACCACUAGCGUGGAUGUCGUGACGAAGACUUCGACCUCAACAUUGGCAGCCGCAACUGACUAUGUCACUUCUUUUGUCACAAAGACAACAUCCAUCAAGGCCUCGACCAUUACCUCCACUGUCACUUCUCUUGCCACUAAGGUCGCGAGCACCACAAUCCCAGCCGUCACCUCCACUGUCACUACCGUAGAGACAACUUCAGUUGGCAAGACCACCACUCUGAAGGCAUCGACUGUCACCAGCACUAUCACUACAGCAUCCGUGAAGACGCAAACCGUGACUUCCCCUGGUGAAACGGUAACAACUACCAGCGUCAAGACGACAGGUGUCAAGAGCACGCUUUCGCUUCCUGCUUCCACUACCACGAUUACCAAGACGACAACUAUCAAGAGCACCACUACUCUUCCCGCGACCACAAGCACUGUCAUCAAGACAUCCACUGUGACCAACGAACCCUCGGUCACUAUCACUGAACGGGCAACUUCUACUUCGACCAAGGUUGUAAGCACCACGUCGACUGCUACCGUGACCGCAACAAAGACGGCCAAGUGCUCUUGA